GUGAAAAUUUUGGUUCCAAACAGUACUGCCGGGAUGGUGAUUGGCAAAGGUGGAUCCUACAUACAGGAAAUCAAGGACAAAACCGGAGCUUAUGUGCAAAUCUCGCAGAAAUCACGGGAAUUCAAUCUGUUCGAGCGGUGUAUUAUCAUUGCGGGUGAUCUGGAUCAGACUCGUGCAGCAGUUCAAUUGAUAUUGACCGUAAUUGCUGCCGAUCCACAGUCAGCCAGCUGUCCAAAUCUAUCUUAUCACGAUAUUCGCGGCCCAGUAGCCAGUGUAUAUCCUACAGGCUCUCCCUAUGCCACUCCAGUCCUACCCUGUCCGGCCACACCGAGCUGGAUGACUGCUGGUGGUUCUCCUGUCGAUCCGGCUUCUGCUAGUGCUGCCGCCGCUAUGAUGGCGGCCAUGUUCUCGCCAGGUACUAUGCCCACUGUGGGCAGUGCUCCCGGGUCCCGAAGCUCCACAUUCGGAUUUUUCUCCACCAACUAUUCCAGUUCACCCGAUUUUACUUCACUCGCGGUUUUGGCUUCGAAUCAACACGCACUUGGACUCACACCAAUGCUGCAACCAAUUGCCUUGCCCAGUCCCGGCACUGCCACCGCUGCAGGGGAUUUAGUCGGUGCGCCGGGCACUCCGUACGGUUCUAGUCCCACUCAACCGACUGGAUUUGCCAGUGCAGGUGCUCUGGAUCCGGGUUCGGUUCCGGAAAGCGUGAUUGGAUUAAUCCUCGGUCCACAAGGUCGAUCGAUCAUGGAUCUGCAAACGAGCACAGGCACUGUCAUUCAGAUCUCCCAAAAGGGUGUCUAUUUGACAGGCACACAGAAUCGUUUAGUUACUAUCACCGGAGCACAACCGAACGUCCAAUGGGCUGCAGAUGUGAUUGAACAACGACUCCAGGCUGAACGGCUGCGACGCGAAUCGUCCUCGUCCAAUCAACCGACACCACCACCAGCGGCAGCAGCCACUGCUGGACCAAUUACGGGUUCCGAUGCCGAAGUCCAACGCAACGUAUCUUUGUUCUAUCCUCAAGCAGUCACUGCCGGUCUAUACGGUGAUCCUCAACUAUCAGGAGGUUCAUCCAUGCAUAUCCCGGUCACAUCUGGGUCGUCCACAGGAUUGACCGCGGCUGCUGCUGCGGCUGUGGCAGCCGAAUCCACCGUCGUUCAGCCCCAGUCACAACAACUAACUCAGGCCCUAACCACGACGUUACAGCCUGUGAAACGAGAGAGCGAUACGCACGGAUUUAGACAACCACCUUGA